AUGACCUCGACGCCGGGGAGCUUCGGCGGAACGCUGGCGGCUAACUCUGGACCGGUUGCGCUCUCGUUCCCGACCACCUCCUUCGCCAACUUCCUAGGCGGUGGUUCAGCUUCUAGCGGAGCGGACAACGGGGGAGUCGGGCUGUCCAAGUUCAAGGCCAUGACCCCGCCUUCCCUCCCGCUGUCGCACCCGCCGGCGUCGCCGGCGUCGUACCUCCACGCGUUCUCCGGCAUCCUCGACUCGCCGAUCCUCCUCACUCCCAGCCUAUUCCCGUCGCCGACGACUGGCGCGAUCCCGUCAGAGCCCUUCAACUGGAUGGGGACGUCGGAGAACCUAGGCGGCAGCGUAAAGGCCGAGCAGCGGCAGUACACCGACUUCACGUUCCAGACGGCGGCGUCUGCACCGGCGACGUCGACGAUGACCGGUGCCGCGCACACGGCGUCCUUUCUUCCGCAGUCAUCCUUGCUGAUGGCGCCAUUGGGACGAGUAGGAGACUCGUACAACGGCGGCGAGAUGCAGCAGCAGCAGCCAUGGACCUACCAGGAACCGACUGCGCAAUUCGAGGCGCCGGCGGCGGCGCAGCCUGACAACAACAUGCUCGGGAACGGCGGCUACAGCGCGGCUCCCGGGCCGGCGGUAUCCGGCUUCCGCGAGCAGAGCCAGAGCAACCGCCCGUCGUCGGACGACGGGUACAACUGGCGCAAGUACGGGCAGAAGCUGAUGAAGGGGAGCGAGAACCCGCGCAGCUACUACAAGUGCAGCUUCCCGGGCUGCUCCACCAAGAAGAAGGUGGAGCGGUCGCCGGACGGGCAGGUCACGGAGAUCGUGUACAAGGGCACGCACAACCACCCGAAGCCGCAGAGCACCCGCGGCCGGAGCGCCAGCUCGGCGCCGGCGGCGGCGUCGUACGUGCUGCAGAUCGGCGGCGACGCGGUGCCCGAGCAUUCCUUCGGCGCGCUGUCCGGCACGCCCGUGGCGACGCCCGAGAACUCGUCGGGGUCCUUCGGCGGCGACGAUGAGAUCAACGGCGUGAGCUCGCGGCUGGCCGGCAACUUCGGCACCGACGAUCUCGACGACGAUGAACCCGACUCCAAGAGAUGGAGGAAAGAUGGUGGCGACGGCGAUGCAGGGGUGUCGGUGGCCGGCAACACCCGGACGGUGCGGGAGCCGAGGGUCGUCGUGCAAACCAUGAGCGACAUCGACGUCCUGGACGACGGCUACCGGUGGCGCAAGUACGGGCAGAAGGUCGUCAAGGGCAACCCGAACCCGAGGAGCUACUACAAGUGCACGACGGCCGGGUGCCCGGUGCGGAAGCACGUGGAGCGCGCGUGCCACGACACGCGCGCGGUGGUCACCACGUACGAGGGCAAGCACAACCACGACGUGCCCCCGGCCCGCGGCAGCGCCUCGCUCUACCACCGCGCCGCGCUGGCGGCGCAUCAGAUGCCGCAGCAGGCCGGGAGCUACCAGCAGGGCGGCCUCGUCCGGACCGCCGAUGGGUUCGGCUUCGGGGCCAGCGGCGGGCACGGCACGCCGAUGCAGGCCGCGGAGAGCGGCUUCGCCUUGUCCGGGUUCGGCGACGCGGCGGUGGGCACGGCGUACUCUUACACGAGCCACCACCAGCACCAGCAGCAGACGAACGAGGCGAUGUACUACGCCAAGGACGAGCCACGAGACGACAUGUCGUUUUUCGAGCAGCCGCUCCUGUUCUGA